AUGCCAUGUGAGGGCUGCAUGGAGUGGGACAAUGUGAGCACUGGCACAACCAUGGAGUUCCUCCUGCUCGGCUUCUCCGAGCUGCUCCAUCUGCGGGUCCUGCUCUUCCUUACCUUUCUCACUGUCCAUUUGGUCACACUGGCAGGGAAUAUGAUGAUCUUCAUGGCGGUGGUGAUGGAGCCCUCAUGUUCCCCCAUGCUUUUCUUCCUCAGCCAACUCUCUGCCAUGGAGCUCUGCUAAAUUUUAGUCAUCAUCCUCAAGGCACUGCUCAACCUGGCGGCGGGUGGCAGCGCCAUCUCCGCGCUGGGCUGUGCCGCACAGAUGCAGUUGUUCGUGGCCCUCAGCGGGGCUGACUGCUUCCUGCUGGCAGCCAUGUUCUACAACUGCUACGUGACCAUGUGCCAGCCCCUGCACUACACAGCCCUGGUGGGCGAGGGGCUGUGCCUCCGCCUGGCUCUGGCCUGCGCCCUGGGAGGCUUCGCCCUGGGCUUGACGGUGGCUGUGUUCCGCCUGCCUUUCUGUCAGCCCCGCUGAAUCGAGCACUUCUUCUGCAAUGUGCCUGCCGUGCUGCGCCUGGCCUGCAUGCAGGGAUACACCGCCAAGCUGCCCAUGCUGGCGGCCUGUGUGCUCCUGCUGCUGCUCCCCUUCCUGCUAAUCCUGGCCUCAUACCUCUGCAUUGCUGUGGCUUUGUUAGGCGUCACCUCCCCUGUGGGAAGGGGCAAGGCCUUUUCCACCUGCUUUUCACACCUAGCCGUCAUCUUACUGCACUAUGGCUGCGCCACCUUCAUCUACAUUCGUCCCAAGUCCACUUACUCACCAGCUCGGGACAAGGUGGUGUCUCUGGUCUACACCAACAUUACUCCUUUAAUGUAUCCUCUCAUUUAUAGCCUGAGGAAAAAGGAAAUCAGAGAGAUCCUCAAGAAAAUGCUGAGGAGGAAGAAAAUAGGCCAUAGAGACCCUAUGAUUCAGAACCCACCUUUUACGCAGAAAAUAGUUGAGAAAAAAUUAAAAUGUUUGCUUCUGUUCCUCUGUCUAAUCCAAAGGAAUUUCAGCACCCCAGCUGCCCUCAACUCUCUUGCUGGGCAGAUUGAGAGAGCAGAGUGGUAUUUGUUUUCUCUGGGCUACAAUCAUUAA